AUGAGUAACAAUAUCAACGCCAACAAUCUCAACACAGACUCGUCCUCCUCCCCCGUCAAUGUGCCCAAGAUGGAUGCGCUCAUCAUCCCGGUGACCAUGGAGGUGCCCUGCGAUAGCCGCGGACAGCGCAUGUGGUGGGCUUUCCUCGCCUCAUCCAUGGUCACUUUCUUUGGGGGACUGUUUAUCAUCCUGCUGUGGAGGACCCUCAAGUACCUGUGGACUGUCUGCUGCCACUGCGGGGGCAAAAACAAGCUGUACCGAGCCGGAGCGGAUGAACGACUGGAGGGCCCAAGGGAGGAGCGGCGGACAGCAACGCGUUUCGCUCGUUACUCGCGUGCGCAGCAUUCCCGUCUCAUGGCUGUCAGGUGGUCUGCCUGCAGUGACGCCGUCAGCAUCCCACCCGAGAGGUUGCCAACUGAGAGGUGGACGUGGCGGAGAGGUCAAGGAGCGAAGGGAAGGGACUCGCUGCUCUCUGCGGACGGUGUUUCUACAGGUGAAAAAGGCACCGCUAUGGCGAGGCGCGCGCCGCUGCUGCGAAAAAGAUCACGCUUUCAGCUCUCUGGAGCUCGUAAUGGAUUUCACGUUUUAUAA